UCAGGAAGCCUGCCGAACUCUAUAGGAACUUCUCUUAAAAAUUUAGAUUUUUCUUACAACCAGCUGUCAGGCAACUUUCCUUCUUGGACUACUCAAAAUAAUUUGCAACUGUGAGUACUGAGUUCUGAAACUUCAAGUGGUCACCUAAACGGCUGAACUAUAUCCAACCCAAUUAGGUCAAUUCAACCCAACCUAGAUUAUUAGGCUUUGUUAGACAAAGGUAUAUGUUGUAGCAAAAGAUGAUGUCUUGCAUUAAGCCUUAGGCUGUUUACAUAGAGUAUAUGACAUAUAAGGCAAACCACUGAUCACUGUUUAAAAGGCGUCGCCUAGGCGUCGCCUAGGCGACGCCUAGGCGUCCAGGCGGCGAGUGGAGCUAGGCGUCGGCGCCGCCCAGGUGAAAAUGUGUAUGGCGUCCGCCUUGGCGAGGUAGGCGUCCGCCUUGGCGUAGUAGGCGUCCGGGCGACGCCUUAGCCUCCCUGGGCGUCGCCUUAGCAGCUAGGGUUUGUAUUGGGCUAGGGUUUGUACUGGGCCUCGCGUUUUGGGCUUUCUGUGCGCGCGCGGCUCUCCCUGGCGCCGCAAAUUUGGCUGCUCUUCCCUGCGCGCGGCUGACUCUUCCCUGCGCGCGCGCGGCAAACUCUUCCCUGCGCGCGGCAAACUCUUCUGCUCCCUCUCCCUGCGCGCGCUCUCUCUCGCGCGUUCUCUGCUCCGGUGCUCCCUACGCGCGGGCGCGGCUACUCCCUACGCGCGGGCGCUCGGCUGCUGGCCUGCUGCUCUCUCUGCUCUGGGCGCGGCUGCUGCUCUGCUCUGGGCGCGGCUGGCUGCUCUGCUCUGGGCGCGGCUGGCUGCUCUGCUCUGGGCGCGGUCUCUGGGCGCGCUGCUCCUGCUGCUGCUCUGCUCUCUGGGCGCGCUGCUGCUGCUCUGUGCUCUGCGCUGCUGCUGCUCAUCCCCUGGUUUGCAGACCGUGCAGCGAGCCAGCGAAUAGUUUGUGUCAAGUGUCAAGACUCAAGACUGCAGCGAGUAGCGACCAGCGACAACCGACAACCUAAUGUCUUCUCGAAAUGAAGCUCCAUCUUCUGUGGCUGGUGAGUACGACCCGAAGAGCGAUCCUACCCGGAAGCCACGGAAGUCUACUGAUCCAGGGUGGAAGUAUGGAUUUUGGCCGGAUCUUCAAAAUAAAGAUAAGGUGGAAUGCACCCUAUGUGGUCAGGUUGUUAGUGGAGGAAUAAAGAGGUUAAAGCAACAUUUGGCAGGGGCAUAUGGAGAUGCAAAGUUAUGCCCCAAGGCUAGCAGUGCAUUAAGGAAGGAGAUGACAAGUUAUUUGGAGGCAAACAAGAGAAAAAGACCAAUGUUUCUAGAUGAAGAUGAAGAAGAUGAUGAAGUGGUGGAGGUGGCAGCAGCAGAUGGGGCAAAUGAUACAUCUGCUGUGGAGUCUCAAGCAUCCAAGGUGCAGCCCAGUUCUGGUACAGCAGCCAAAAAAAGACAAUCAACCUUGCAAUUUAAGGCAAAUAGUAAAGCACAGCCAAAGACAACCAAGUCCGUAGUUGAGAUGUUGCGGAGAACACCAGAGGAGGUGGUGGAUGAGAGACUUUCAGGCUCUUAUCAGCCCACAAUCUUGGCUAGUGCAAAAAGCAAGGAGGACAAACACUAUGUGGACAUGCAGUGGGCUUUGUUCUUCUAUGAGUGCGGUGUACCUUUCAAUGCCGCGGCAGCUAGGCAAUUUCAGAUUGCAAUUGAGGCCACAACACAGUUUGGUUCAGGGUAUAAGCCUCCAACACCGUACCAACUAGGCGAGCCAUUGCUACAAGAGGCUGUGAAGUCAACAACUACAAUGAGGGAGGAACAUGAGCGUGCAUGGAAACACUAUGGUUGCACACUCAUGUCUGAUGGAUGGUCUGAUAGGAGGGGACGCCAUCUCAUUAACUUCUUAGUGAACAGCCCAGAGGGCACUUACUUUUUAGAGUCCGUUGAUGCAUCUAGUGAAGUACAUGAUGCAUACAUGCUUGCUGAUUUGCUUGAGAAAAAAGUUGAUGAGAUUGGGAGAGACAAGGUUGUACAAGUUGUUACUGAUAAUGGUGCCAAUUACAAAGCUGCAGGCAAGCUUCUAAUGGAUAGGAUUCCUACAUUAUUUUGGAGUCCAUGUGCUGCACAUUGCUUGGACCUAAUGUUGGAGGACAUAGGAAACUUGAAGGAAUUCAAGAAACCAAUUGCACGUGCAAGGCGUGUGACAACUUUCAUAUACCGACAUGGGAGAAUUCUUGCUGCCAUGAGAGAGAAAACUGGUGGGGCUGAUCUUGUGAGGCCUGCCGCCACUCGUUUUGCUACUUCCUUUCUCACAUUGAAGAGCUUGUACAAGCACAAGGAUGCUUUGAAGGCUUUAUUUGCAAGCACAGCUUGGACUGAUAACAGGUUGUCAAAGACAAGUGCUGGAUUGGAUGUGUAUAACAUUGUCUUCUCCACACAGUUUUGGAAUUCAGUAGAAGAUUGCCUUAGAGCUUCAGGGCCACUACUUAUUGUACUUAGGGUGGUAGAUGGAGAUGAGAGGCCAGCUAUGCCAGAGGUCCAAGCAUUGAUGAAAUGUGCAAAGGAAAAGAUCAAUCAAAGCUUUGCUGUCCAAAGCAAGAAGAAUUUACUCAAGAAAAUCAUAACUAUAAUUGAACGGCGUUGGGAGAAACAGAUGGAUCACCCAUUGUAUGGGGCUGCAAUGUAUUUGAACCCAGGAAAGCUGCAUCCUCUCAUAAGAAAUGAUGAUGAUGCUACUGUUGGUCAGCUAAGAGGUUGCUUUCUUGAUGUGCUUGCAAGAAUGGUAGAUGAUGAGGAAACUAGAGACAAGAUCAAUUCUCAAGCAAUGGAUUACGAGUUUCUUAGAGGAGCAGCUUUUUCAAAUAAGAUGGCCAAAGAUAACCUACAAACUAUGACCCCACUUGAGUGGUGGCGUUCGUAUGGUGGUCGUGCUAUUGAGUUACAGAGAUUUGCUAGACGUUUGGUGAGUCUUUGUGCGUCUUCAUCAGGUUGUGAACGCAAUUGGAGUACCUUUGAAUUUAUCCAUACAAAGAAAAGAAACCGAUUGUUGCAUAAGAGGUUGAAUUCUAUUGUCUUCAUUUCCUACAACAGAAAGAUGAAAGCUAGGUUCCAAAAACUACGCCAGAAGAAGGGGAAAAACUUUGAUCCAUUGGUUCAUGAGGACUUCAACUGGGACAAUGAGUGGGCUGAUUCUUUGCAUGUAGUCCCUGAAGGUGGGCGUGGGUGUGAGUGUGACCUUACAUGGGACCUUGUGGAUAAUGCCAUUGGAGCAUCGCAAGCACUUCGUGGCCGAAACUUACCAAGAAGGGCCCAUAAUGUGUAUUCAAGAAGAAAUUCUGUUGCUGCACAAAACAUGUCAGAGGCUGAAGAGGAAGAUGAAGAUGAAGAUGAAGAUGUUCCACAUGACGAUGCAGAAAUCACAGAUUGUGAAGAUGAAUCUAAUGGUGGCAAUGAUGGUGAAGAAGGGGAGGCACCCAAUAUCCCAGGAGAGUUUGAUGAUGAUUUUUGAGCGACGGGAGACAGGGAGAGUAGCUAUUGCUAGAUUGCAUUAGCAAUUUAGCAUAUUUGCUGCAUUACUAACUGCAGCUAGUUACUAUUAAUUAUGCCAUUACAAACUAUCUAUGUGGCUAUUUCAGAUUUGGACAUUUGGUAUUGUGUUGUUUUAAAUUUUGUGACUUGUUGUUGUUCCUUUAGAAACUACUUUGUGGCUAUUUCAUAUCCAUUAUUAUGCUAUUGUGAA